GAUGAUCAAUCAGUUUUAUGUCGUCGUGUGUUAAUUUUAGGAAAAAAUUGGGAAAAAGUAGCAGAAGGUAUUACUGGACAUGAUGCGAAUAGUUGUAGAGACGAAUGGGAAAGGAUUGAUGAGAAAAAAAAUUCGGUUAAUCUUUAUCCUAAAUAUUCAAGUAUGAAGUUUUGGACUCCUCCUCAAGUAUCGAAAUUGCAGGAUUCUUUACAAGUAUAUAGACUUAAUAAGGGGUUGAGUGGUUUUAUAUCAAGGAAUGAUUCUAUAUGGAGUGAAAUAUCAUCUCGGAUUGGUAAAACAGCAGCACAAUGUUAUUUAAAAUGGAAACGUUCAUUAAAUCGAGAGAUUAUUAAAGGUCCAUGGACUUCAUCAGAGAAAGAAAUUAUUGAAGAAGCACAUAAGAAAUAUGGAAGUCAUUGGAAAAAAAUAUCAAUGUUAGUUCCAGGUCGGACACCUGAGCAGAUUGAAAUUUAUUUUCGGGAAAAUAGAAGAAAUCAUUUCAAAAGCAAUCUUCGAUAUUCCCCCUAUAUUCUUGAUAAUAUAGAUCAUGCAUUGUCUACAGGUCUAUAUUACAUGGAAAAUGGGAAAAUAUCAUGGACAAAACUUUCAAAAGAUCGUUUUCCUAAUAUUAAACCUAUACAACUUAGAAAAGCAUGGUUACGUAAUAAUACAAUUGGUUUUAAAAGGAGAUUAUGGACACCAGAAGAUAUAGAAAGACUUGUAAAGGCUGUAGAAUUUGUCCGUUCAUCCAAUCUUUCCUAUCAGAUUUGGAAAGCAGUAGCUGAGUUAGUUCCUGGACGUACUCCUGCAUCUUGUAAAACAAAAUAUCGUUAUCUCAAAUUUCAAAGACCUGCUUCCAAAAUUCAUCAUUGGACUACUGUUCAAUAUUUACGACUUAUUAAUAGUGCAGUUACAAGACAAUUUCGAUGGGUCGAUGUAGCAAUAGAUAUACGUCAGCCUGAAGCACUUUGCCGUACUAAAUUUCAUGAUUUGCUUUUAGAAAAAGGAACUAUAUCAGGAAAUCUUGCAAGAGAAGCAUGGUUUGAAAGAAAGAAGACAUAGUAUAAACAUUUUAAAAAUAUCUUAAGUAUUUCAAAAAAAUCUUUCAAUAUAUACUUCAAUGUCAUUUCAUAUAAAAUCUUCUAAAAAAUAACACACAAACAACUUUCUAUAUUUUUCU